AGGCUUCGAGUACGAGGCUGCGGAUACGGGGUGCUUCUUUCCUGCCUCGCCUUUCUCGAUUCUAGAAGCUUCAGUAGCCUUUUCUGGGUGGCUAGUACGAGGAAAGGCUGCGGAUUCAGCUCCGGGGGCGGAUCCCAAGGGUCUUGUCGUUGCUCCGGGGCCGUUUUGCCUCCUGGCGUUGGGGGAGGGGCAAGGGAGAGGUUGCUCGCGCCUCCCUUUGCGCCUGCGCGGCGGGCUCCGAGAGGGUGGGAGCGCGUGCGCGGUGACGUGGACGUCUGGUGCGCGCGCAGGCUCUUCAGCUGGAGCGGACACACGGUGUGCGAACCGAACAGAAUAACCCGCCCCCAGCGGGAUAUGAAGGACUCCGAGUGAGGCCGGCCACGCCCCGCACGGAUGGGAAGGCCAUUGUGACUAUAUGCUGACAACAGUUACCUUACUACUGAGUUUCCUACUGGAAUCAUGGAGGAGAAACAGCAGAUUAUAUUGGCUAAUCAAGAUGGUGCUACCGUGGCAGGAGCAGCACCCACCUUCUUUGUCAUCCUAAAACAGCCUGGAAAUGGCAAAACAGAUCAGGGAAUUUUGGUUACUAAUCGAGAUGCCUGUGCUUUGGCUAGUAAGGUAUCAUCACCAGGAAAAUCUAAAGGGAAGAUUUGCCUUCCAGCUGAUUGUACCGUGGGAAGAAUCACUGUUACCCUCGAUAACAAUAGUAUGUGGAAUGAGUUCCAUAAUCGAAGCACAGAGAUGAUUCUGACCAAACAGGGAAGACGCAUGUUUCCUUAUUGUCGCUAUUGGAUAACAGGUUUAGAUUCAAAUUUAAAGUAUAUCCUUGUCAUGGAUAUAUCUCCUGUAGAUAACCAUCGUUAUAAGUGGAAUGGACGUUGGUGGGAACCCAGUGGGAAGGCUGAGCCUCAUGUUUUGGGGAGGGUUUUCAUUCAUCCAGAAUCUCCUUCCACAGGUCAUUAUUGGAUGCAUCAACCAGUAUCAUUUUAUAAACUCAAACUUACCAACAAUACACUGGACCAAGAAGGACAUAUUAUCUUGCACUCUAUGCAUCGCUACCUGCCAAGGCUUCAUUUGGUGCCUGCAGAAAAGGCUACAGAAGUGAUACAAUUAAAUGGUCCUGGUGUCCACACAUUUACCUUCCCACAGACUGAAUUCUUUGCAGUAACAGCUUAUCAGAACAUUCAGAUUACCCAGUUGAAAAUAGAUUACAAUCCAUUUGCCAAAGGCUUUCGGGAUGAUGGGCUGAAUAGUAAGCCCCAGAGAGAUGGAAAACAAAAGAACAGCUCUGACCAUGAAGGAAGUAGUGUUCCUGAUUCUCCUGGUCACCGGGUUCGUGUCACAGAAGGCCAGGGGUCAGAGAUACAGCCAAGUGACUUUGAUUCUAUGUCAAGAGGUCAUGAAACAUCAGGCAUGGAUUUGGAGAAACCUCUCAUUAAUAUAAAACAAGACUUUCUUGGUUUUAUGGAUACUGAUUCAACAAUUGAAGUUCCUCAGUUUAAGCAAGAGAUUUCUGAAAGUCUUCUUGCCAACAAUUUUGAAGAUGGCUCCCAUGUAGACUCACCAGUAGACCCAAGUGGAAACUUCAAUGUUGUCAUUAAAGAGGAACCUCUAGAUGAUUAUGAUUACGAACUUGGGGAGUGUCCAGAAGGGGUCACUGUGAAACAAGAAGAGACAGAUGAAGAAACAGAUGUGUACUCAAACAGUGAUGAUGAUCCUAUAUUAGAAAAACAACUAAAGAGACACAAUAAAGUUGAUAACCCAGACGCUGACCAUUCAUCUUCUAAAUGGCUACCAAGCAGCCCAUCAGGGGUUGCUAAAGCUAAAAUGUUCAAAUUAGACACUGGAAAAAUGCCAGUAGUCUAUCUGGAGCCCUGUGCUGUCACCAAAAGCACAGUGAAGAUUUCUGAACUACCUGAUAACAUGUUUUCCACAUCUCGGAAGGAUAAAUCUAUGUUGGCAGAAUUAGAAUAUUUGCCUACAUACAUUGAAAAUUCCAGUGGGACUGGCUUCUGCUUAGGCAAGGAAUCAGAAAAUGGUCUUAGAAGACAUUCACCAGAUCUUAGAGUGGCACAAAAAUAUCCUUUACUUAAAGAGCCUGAGUGGAAAUAUCCUGAUCUAUUUGAUAGCAUUAGCUCAGAGAGAACACAUGAUAGUUCAAAUGGUUCACCUGGGGACUCGUUUGUAGGAAAAGAAGACUUGGGCAAAAAGCGAACAGCUGUACUUAAGAUCUCGACAGCCCCAAAGGCUGUGAAUGCUAAUCAGAAUGCCUCUCCAAAUGCCUCUGGAAAAAGAGGAAGACCUCGAAAAUUGAAACUCUCUAAGGCAGGGCGACCACCUAAAAACACGGUGAAGUCUUUAACGUCUUCAAAGAAUACCCCUGUAGGCCCUGGGAAUCCCUUUCCUGAUGUGAAGCCUGAUCUGGAAGAUGUGGAUGGUGUUCUCUUUGUUUCCUUUGAAUCAAAGGAAGCUCUAGAUGUUCAUGCAGUUGAUGGGACAACAGAAGAACCCUCAAAUCUUCAGGCACCAACCACAAAUGAUUCAGGCUGCAGAGCAAGAAUUUCCCAAUUGGAGAAGGAGUUGAUAGAAGAUUUGAAGUCUUUACGGCACAAGCAGGUGAUACAUCCUGGCCUUCAAGAAGUGGGAUUAAAAUUGAAUUCAGUGGAUCCAACAGUGAGCAUUGAUCUUAAAUACUUGGGAGUACAACUGCCUUUGGCUCCAGCCACUAGCUUUCCUUUUUGGAACCUUACAGGAACCAACCCUGCUUCUCCUGAUGCUGGAUUUCCCUUUGUUUCUAGGACAGGGAAGACCAAUGACUUUACCAAGAUCAAGGGAUGGAGGGGAAAAUUUCAUAGUGCUUCUGCAUGUAGGAAUGAAGGUGCAAAUUCAGAAGGUUCACUGAAAAACCGCUCUGCUUUCUGCAGUGAUAAGUUAGAUGAAUACUUGGAAAAUGAAGGCAAGCUGAUGGAAACAAGCAUGGGUUUCUCUUCCAAUGCUCCCACAUCUCCUGUGGUGUACCAGCUUCCCACCAAGAGUACCAGCUAUGUACGAACACUUGAUAGUGUACUAAAGAAGCAAUCUACCAUUUCCCCUUCUACCUCUUACUCUUUGAAGCCUCAUUCUGUAUCCACUGCCUCUCGAAAGGCAAAGUCUCUAAACAAACAGACAGCACUCAGUGGCCGAAGUAAGUCAUCUUAUAAAUCCAUUUUACCAUACCCUGUUUCACCAAAGCAGAAACACACUCAUGUGAUACCAGGAGAUAAGAGUACCAAGAAUUCUUCAAGCACCAACUCAGAUAAUCAGGUGAACAACUUUGUUGUGUCAACUUUAGAUGAAGGUACAUUUCCAAAGCAGAUUAGUUUGCGGCAGGCACAGCAACAUCAUCAUCAACAACAGCAGCAACAGGGAACUCGCCCUCCAGGCUUGUCCAAAUCUCAGGUUAAGCUAAUGGACCUGGAAGACUGUGCACUUUGGGAAGGAAAACCACGGACUUACAUCACUGAAGAGCGAGCAGAUGUUUCCUUGACAACUCUGCUUACAGCUCAAGCAUCUCUCAAAACUAAACCCAUCCAUACAAUCAUAAGGAAACGAGCUCCUCCAUGCAACAACGAUUUCUGUCGUCUGGGUUGUGUGUGUUCCAGUCUAGCUUUGGAGAAGCGCCAACCUGCCCACUGCCGUAGACCAGAUUGUAUGUUUGGUUGCACUUGUUUGAAAAGAAAAGUCGUACUUGUUAAAGGGGGAGCCAAAACUAAGCAUUUCCAGAGGAAGGCUGCUCAUCGAGAUCCAGUAUUUUAUGACGCUUUGGGAGAAGAAGCAAGGGAAGAAGAAGGAGUCAGGGAGGAAGAAGAACAAUUGAAAGAAAAAAAGAAGAGAAGGAAGCUAGAAUACACUAUAUGUGAAACAGAGCCUGAACAGCCUGUUCGACAUUACCCAUUAUGGGUGAAGGUAGAAGGUGAAGUAGAUCCAGAGCCAGUUUAUGUCCCAACGCCUUCUGUUAUUGAGCCUAUGAAACCGUUGUUGUUGCCUCAGCCAGAAGUCUUAUCUACUACUGUGAAGGGCAAACUGCUCACUGGAGUUAAAACUGCACGGGCAUACACUCCCAAACCCAAUCCUGUGAUACGGGAAGAGGACAAAGAUCCAGUCUACUUGUACUUUGAAAGUAUGAUGACUUGUGCCCGAGUUCGAGUGUAUGAACGAAAAAAAGAGGAACAGAGACAACCAUCCUCACCCUUAUCCCCAUCUCCAUCAUUUCAGCAGCCGAGCUCAUGUCAGUCUAGUCCUGAGAACCAUAGUACAAAGGAAUCUGAUUUUGAACAGCAGCCUUUAAAACAACUCAUUUGUGACUUGGAGGACGAUUCUGAUAAAUCCCAAGAAAAAAGCUGGAAGUCUUCCUGCAAUGAAGGGGAAUCCUCUUCUACCUCUUAUGUACACCAGAGGUCACCUGGUGGUCCCACCAAACUGAUAGAGAUCAUCUCAGACUGCAAUUGGGAAGAGGAUCGGAACAAGAUUUUGAGCAUCUUAUCCCAGCACAUCAAUAGCAAUAUGCCACAGUCGCUUAAGGUGGGCAGCUUCAUCAUUGAGUUGGCUUCUCAGCGAAAGAGCCGGGGUGAGAAGAACCCUCCUGUUUAUUCUUCUCGUGUGAAAAUCUCUAUGCCAUCAUGUCAAGAUCAAGAUGAUAUGGCUGAUAAAUCUGGAUCAGAGACUCCUGAUGGUCCAUUGUCCCCUGAGAAAAUGGAUGAUAUCUCUCCUGUGCAGACAGAUGCCCUGGAUUCAGUGAGGGAAAGAUUACAUGGAGGCAAAGGUCUGCCUUUUUAUGCAGGGCUUUCUCCUGCAGGGAAGCUUGUGGCCUAUAAGCGUAAACCCAGUUCAAGUACAUCUGGGCUUAUCCAGGUUAAUGGUAAGAGUUACCCGCAGGCUAAGUUGCUAUUGGGACAGAUGGGGGCAUUGCAUCCAGCCAAUAGGCUAGCUGCUUAUAUCACAGGCAGGUUGCGACCCUCAGUCCUGGACCUCUCAACCCUCAGUACUGUCAUCUCCAAGGUAGCAUCCAAUGCCAAGGUGGCUGCAUCCAGGAAACCACGUACCCUGUUGCCUUCAACAUCCAAUUCCAAAACGGCAUUCUCCUCUGGCACUUCAGCAAAUCGCCCUGGGAAGAAUCCGAAGCCGUUUGUUCCUGCAAAAAGGCCAAUUGCGGCUCGACCCUCUCCUGGUGGUGUGUUCACACAGUUUGUGAUGAGUAAAGUUGGAGCCUUGCAGCAGAAGAUUCCUGGAGUUAGCACACCCCAACCCCUGACAGGGCCACAGAAGUUCAGUAUCAGACCUUCUCCAGUCAUGGUUGUCACACCUGUGGUUUCUUCUGAGCCAGUUCAGGUGUGCAGCCCUGUUACUGCUCCUGUCACUACUACCACCCCUCAAGUGUUCUUAGAAAAUGUUACUGCUGUGACAUCUGUGACUGCUAUUUCUGACUUGGGAACUAAAGAAACUACUUACUCUUCUGGUACCAUCAGUGCUGGGGUUGUUGAGAUCUCUGAAACUAAUACCAACAUCCCUGUUACAUCUACCCAGCCUACAACCACUGUGAACUUUAUCAAAACUACUGGGAUAACUACCCCUGUGGCUUCUGUUGCUUUUCCUAAGUCUUUGGUAGCAUCUCCUCCAACCAUAACUCUUCCUGUUGCUUCCACUGCCUCCACCUCCAUAGUCAUGGUGACCACAGCUACAUCUUCCUCUAUGGUGACCACACCAACUUCAUCUCUGGGCUCUGUUCCUGUUAUACUCUCAGGAAUUAAUGGGAGCCCACCAGUGAGCCAGAGACCAGAGACUGCCCCUCAGAUUUCAGUGGCUACACCACAGAUGUCUCCUAAUACAGUGAAACGUACUGGACCUCGAUUGUUGUUGAUUCCAGUGCAGCAGGGUUCUCCUGCACUCAGACCUGUCUCAAACCCACAACUUCAGGGACAUCGGAUGGUCUUACAGCCUGUUAGGAGUCCAAGUGGAAUGAACCUAUUCAGGCACCCCAGUGGGCAGAUUGUCCAACUCCUACCUUUGCAUCAGAUUCGAGGCUCUAAUACCCAGCCCAACUUACAACCUGUCAUGUUUCGGAACCCAGGGUCUGUUGUGGGAAUCCGGUUACCAGCUCCUUCCAAACCUUCUGAGACUACACCAUCUUCUACUUCAUCCUCUGCUUUCUCGGUCAUGAGUCCUGUAAUUCAAGCUGUUGGGUCUUCUCCAGCAGUGAAUGUUAUCACUCAGGCACCAUCAUUGCUCUCCUCUGGACCCAGCUUUGUCUCUCAGGCUGGUACACUGACCCUGAGGAUUUCUCCUCCUGAACCACAAAGUUUUGCAAGUAAAACAGGCUCUGAAACCAAAAUAACGUAUAGCUCAGGAGGACAGCCUGUUGGUACAGCCAGUCUUAUUCCUCUCCAGUCCGGUAGUUUUGCCUUGUUGCAGCUCCCAGGACAAAAGCCUGUUCCUAGCUCCAUUCUUCAGCAUGUUGCUUCCCUUCAAAUAAAGAAAGAGUCCCAGAAUGCAGACCAGAAAGAUGAGACAAACUCUUUAAAACAGGAAACUAAGAAAGCUUUACAGUCAAAAGGAGAAGCUAUGGACCCUGAGGCUAAUACAGUUAAGCAAAAUUCAGGAACUCUUGCCUCAGAAGAAACUCUGAAUGAUUCCUUGGAAGAUGGGGGUGAUCAUUUGGAUGAAGAAUUCCUCACAGAAGAUUGUCCUGCACCUGUCAAACCUUCUGAAGACUCCUGUAUCAUUGGGUCACAUACAGGUGAACACUGUAAAGAUGUUAACGAAGAGUAUGGGACUAGAAAUCAUAAUGGUUCCAAAGAAAAAUGGACUGUUUCUGAAAAGGCCAGUAAUAUGAUAGUUCAAAAUGUAAGUAAAGUACAGGUACAAAAACUUGGUGAUGUGAAAGUGGAACAGAAAAAAGGAUUAGACAAUCCAGAGGAAAAACCAAAUGAGUUUCUAGUCAUAUCUAAGGAAGACAAUAAACUUGAAUCAUUAGAUAGCAAAGUAAUAGAGAAGCAGUCUAAUUCACAGCCAGAGGCCAAGAAAGAACAUGGAGACUCUCUGGGGAUGGACAGAAUUAGGGAGAGAUGGCGAAAACACCUGAAGGUCCCCUUGACCCAGAAGUAUAUUGGAACUUCUCACCAAUGUAAGAAAGAGGCAGGCAAGCUGUUAAUUAGAGAAACAAAGCCAUGUCAAGAAAAUUCUGAUGUGUUUCAAGAAGAACUGGGCAUCUUUGACUUACUUGGAAAGAGUGGAACUGCUGAGAAUGACAGAGUUUUAAAAGCCGAAUGUGAUUCUUGGAGUAGGAUUUCUAGUUCUGCAACCUUCUCUAUUGUUCCUAGGAGAGCUACAAAAGGAAGCAGAGGGAAUGGACAUUUUCAGGGUCAUUUACUGCUUCCAGGAGAACAGUUACAACCAAAGCAAGAGAAGAAGGGUGGGAGAAGCAGUGCUGACUUCACUGUUUUGGAUUUGGAAGAGGAGGAUGAGGAAGAUGAGAAUGAGAAAACCGAUGAUUCUAUUGAUGAAAUUGUGGAUGUUGUUUCUGGCUACCAGAGUGAGGAGGUUGAUGAUGUAGAAAAGAAUAACUGUAUAGAAUACAUAGAGGAUGAUGAGGAGCAGGUGGACGUUGAGACUAUAGAAGAGCUCUCAGAGGAAAUUAAUGUUGCCCACAAGAAGACCACAGCAGCCCACAUACAGUCAUUCAAACAGCCGUGUCGUACCCAUACCUCUGCAGAUGAAAAAACUGCUGAAAAGAGUCGAAAGGCUCCAUCAGUUCCUCCAAAACUGAAACAUGAGUACUGGAGUGAGAAACCACAGAAGGAGACAGAAGCUUUUGCUUAUUAUCGCCGGACACAUACUGCCAAUGAACGGCGGCGGCGUGGUGAGAUGAGGGAUCUCUUUGAAAAACUGAAGAUCACAUUGGGAUUACUUCAUUCUUCCAAGGUUUCAAAAAGCCUCAUUCUUACUCGGGCAUUCAGUGAAAUUCAGGGACUAACAGAUCAGGCAGACAAAUUGAUAGGACAGAAAAAUCUCCUGAGUCGGAAACGGAAUAUUUUGAUACGGAAGGUAUCCUCUCUUUCAGGUAAGACAGAAGAAGUGGUCCUGAAGAAGCUAGAGUAUAUUUAUGCAAAACAACAAGCACUAGAGGCACAAAAAAGAAAAAAGAAGAUGGGAUCAGAUGAGUUUGAUGUGUCUCCCAGAACUAGCAAACAGCAGGAAGGAUCUUCUACAUCAUCUGUAGAUCUCGGACAGAUGUUUAUAAAUAACAGGAGGGGGAGACCUUUGAUACUUUCCAGAAAAAGAGACCAGGCCACAGAAAACGCCUCCCCCUCUAACACUCCACACUCCUCUGCCAACCUCGUGAUGACUCCACAAGGGCAGUUGCUCACUUUGAAAGGUCCCCUAUUCUCAGGACCAGUUGUAACUGUUUCUCCUGCUCUCUUGGAAGCUGAUCUAAAACCUCAAGUUACCAGCAAUACUGUGGCUCAAUCAGAAAAUGAUGACUUAUUUAUGAUGCCACGGAUUGUUAAUGUGACAUCAUUGGCCACAGAGGAAGAUUUGGUAGAUGUGGGUGGUAGCAAAUAUCCUCAUGAAGUUCCUGAUGGCAAGCCACCUGACCAUCUAAGAGACACUGUCAGAAAUGAAGAUAACUCCUUGGAUAAUACAGAUAGAAUCUCUUCCAGAGGAAACCGUAGAGAUGGAAGAAUGACAUUAGGUCCAACACAGAUUUUUCUGGCAAAUAAAGAUUCUGGUUUUCCACAAGUAGUUGAUGUUUCCAAUAUGCAGGAAGCACAAGAAUUCUUACCUAAAAAGAUUUCUGGUGAUGUGAGAGGGAUCCGGUAUAAGUGGAAAGAGAGUGAAUCAAGAGGAGAGAGAUUGAAGACAAAGGAUUCUCCAUUUCGUAAGUUAAAGAUGAAAGAUCUCAAGGACUCAAGUAUCGAGAUGGAACUAAGGAAAGUAGCAUCAGCUAUAGAAGAAGCAGCUCUUGACCCCAGUGAAUUACUAACUAACAUAGAAGAUGAGGAUGAUACUGAUGAAACACUGACUUCACUGCUAAACGAGAUUGCAUUUCUUAAUCAACAACUAAAUGAUGACUCUGUUAGCUUGGCUGAACUGCCUACCUCUAUGGAUACGGAGUUCCCAGGGGAUGCACGGCGGGCUUUUAUCAGUAAAGUUCCUUCUGGGAACAGAGCAUCUUUCCAGGUUGGCCACUUGGGAACAGGUUUGAAAGAGUUGCCAGAUGUUCAUGGGGAAAGUGACUCCAUCAGCCCCCUUCUCUUGCACUUGGAAGAUGAUGACUUUUCUGAGAAUGAAAAACAACUUGUAGAAGCAGCCUCUGAACCAGAUGUUCUUAAGAUUGUUAUUGAUUCUGAGAUAAAGGAUUCUUUCAUUUCCCAUAGAAAAUCUAGUGAUGGAAGGAAAAGUACUUCUGUCCUCACUGCAGAGCCUGAAAAUGUGUCCUCACCUCCCGUCCUACACAUGAAAACUGGCCUUGAGAACAGCAACACAGAUACGUUGUGGAGGCCUAUGCCAAAGUUGGCACCUUUAGGUUUAAAAGUAGCUAAUCCUCCUAGUGAUGCAGAUGGUCAGAGUCUCAAGGUGAUGCCUUGUUUAGCACCUGUAGCGGCCAAAGCCGGGUCAGUUGGACACAAAAUGAACUCAACAGGAAGUGACCAGGAAGGCCGGGAGAAUAAGGUGAUGCCUACAUUGGCCCCUGUUGUGGCUAAAUUGGGCAACUCUGGGCUCCCACCAAAUUCUACAGGGAAAUGAACUUGUUUGUCCUCAGGCAGAAGCCAGGCUGUGAGGGGAAGUUGAAUCUUACCUCCAUUCUCUGAGGGGAUCUGUUUGUGUCAUGGAACUGUGGUCCUUGACUUUGAUGAUGAUGUGGAUAUUAAUGGAGAAAAGGGGUAGGGUUGUGACCCUGGUAUAAGAAAUACUAUGAAAUUCUGAUCAUGUUAAAAUGUGUUACCUCACUUGUGGUGCUGGGUCCCUUCAUCCUCUCUAAGAAGAUGUGAUCCAUUACUGAACACGAGGUGCCCCUCUUACCCAAGGAGUUCAUAACGAGGCUCCACAGUGGUACCUAAUUCUUCCCCUCAAGAGAAUAAGCUGCUUGAGACUUUAGAAUUGCUGUCAAGUGAACUGUAGCUGAUAGCUGUUGUAUUAGGUCUAAAAUCUAAGGAAUAUGAUGCACUGCUAUAAAGGGAUCCAGAAGAGAUAGUUGGUAUUUCAGUAAUUGGGAGGAGAUAAGAGAUGGGUGUGAUGGCACAGGUCUGUAAUCCCAGCACUGGGAAGGCUGAGGUAGGAGGAUCUUAAGUUCAAGGCCAGGCUGGGUUACAAAGUGAGAUCCUGUCUCAAACAACAACAAAAAAGGAGAGAAUGGAUGGGUAUCAUAAAAUGUCAGAGUGAAGGGUUUUAUGUCAUUCAGCAGAAUUCUCCUUUCAUAGCCCAAGUAAGUUCCAUUCUCUCACCUUUCCAGUCAGAAUUACAAAUUUAAGCCUCUGGUAAAGUAGGGAUGCUUUUAACUUUUAUUACUAAGGUAAUUAUCUUGAGACAUUAAAAAAAUAGUUAUUCCUUAUUGUGUUUUGGGUGUUAAGAAGAUUGUUUCAUAAUGACAGGAAUUUCUGCCAAGUAUUUUGGAGGUAGACUUAGAAGGGGCACUUCCCCCUUCAUAUCACGCAAGAGACUGCUGAAAUGCAAAGCAUUCUCUCCCCAGACCAGAGACCAUGGCCAAAAUUAAAAUGUGUGAGGCUGGAUUUUUCCCAAAGCAAACCAGCCUCCUGGUGCUUGAAGGUUUCGUUCACUGUCACCUGCACAGGAUGUAAAGAAAAGUCACAGUAGGCACUCUUUACCAGGGAAGCAAGGCAGUAUUUGAAUCAUAAGAUAUAUUUUUUAUCUGCUAUCAUGGAUUUAAUGAUCUGUAGAGCUUUUUCACUCAUUUAACUGUCAGGGUGUGAAGGACUGACAGCCUGUAAAGAUAAAGAUAUUUAUAUUUUUGUAUAGUUGUUUUCAUAGAUUUCUCAAAGGCUGAAGUUUUCAACCUAGAAGAUGAGAUUUGUAUUGAGUAUAGAAAUGAUGUUUCCUAUAUAGUUUGUAAAUAAUCAUGGUGCACUUGAGGGGUCUCUUGGAAACUCCUGGGGGCAAGAAUCACUAUUCUGAAAAUGUAUAGACUGGGAUUUAGCUGCUGCAUUUUGCCUUUCUUAAAUAAUUAUAUUUUGGAAUGUAACCCCUGUUCUGUCUUUAUUGACAGGAUUUGCUUGUGUGGUAAAACACUAACACAAGAGCUUCCAGUGCCUGGGCUGUGCCUGGGUGAUGUUAUUUCCCCUGCCUUCUUUAUCCCAAGUCCCACUCAGCAUAUCUUCAAACCUAGGUUGUGAGACCAACUUUGAAAUGGAUCUAUCUAGCCAGUGAAUUAUUACUUCCAACAUUGAUUCCCCUUCCGUUAACUCUGAUAACAAGUAGGUUGAAAAGAUGGGAAAACUUCCUCUGCAAAGUGCAGUGGGAACAAAUUCUUCGUUGGUUUUGUGCUGCUUGCCUUUCUAGACCUCAACAGCACUUAACUUUCCCUCUUUACUGAAGAAGCUUAAAGUAGUUAUUUAAAAAAACAAUAAAUAAAAGUGUUCCUCAUUAUCCCUUCUACCCUUUACCCAGCAAAUUUCAUCCAAUGCCUUAGCCAAGGAGUCCAGCCCCUGUCUCCCCUGCUAAUAAUCGUCCUUGGAGAUGCUAGUUCUUUAACCGGGUAUAGCAGUUUCUCAUUUCAUUGCUUGUCUCUUGCCCAUGUCCUCCUGACUUCCCAAGGCUCUUGUGGCUUUUGAGGGUCAGACAAGGAGCAGGCAAGGGAGUGAUGAAUAAUCCUCAGGAAAAGAAGGACCAUUUUAGCUUCUGUAUACUUUCCCUUUUUUAAGAAAAUAGGCAACACAGGUCAAGGUCAUUUCUUGAUUAGAGGAUAUUUGGCUGUGUGUAUAAGAGAUACACAAAGAUAGAAAUGAGGGAUGAUUCCAGGUGUUCAGGGAAGGCUGCAGAUGUUAUUACAAACCCCCAAGGAUACAGUGUUCUAAAGACAGAUCUAGGAGUCAUCAGGGCUAAUUAGAGGAGGGCUCAGUCUUCAGAACAAUCCUGUAGUCUUGACAGAAAUCUAAAAUAUCCCAAAACUCCUACCUUUUAAACUUAACCUAGGAGAAAACUGAUCUAUGAAAAUUACAUGUGUGAUUAAGAAAGAUGAAGUUGAGUGAGAAGAUUUGAGGAACCUGGAAGACGGUGAGCUUUCAUCCUAACUCUGUAAGAAGCAUGAUUUCAGUAAACCAAUAAUUCGCCUUUUUAUACAUCUGUAAAUAAAUGGAAUGUUUUUAAGAAUAUAAUUAUGUCAGA